AUGCGCUGGCUUUCCCUCUUCUCCCUCGCGCUGAGCGCGACGGGUGCCCUCGCCGCCAAAGCGCCCGGCAAGAAGACCCCCGAAGAGCGCUUCCAGCUCUACCACAACAAGGCGCUCUCCAGCAGCCCUGUCAAGCUAGCCGACGCCUCAUACCGGGAGCUGACGUCGACACCACGCGACUAUUCAGUUGCGGUCCUUUUGACGGCGAUGGACUCACGGUACGGGUGUCAGCUUUGCCGGGAGUUCCAGCCUGAAUGGGAGCUGCUGGCGCGCAGCUGGACGAACGGAGACCGCAAGGGCGAGAGCCGCGUCGUCUUUGGUACCCUGGAUUUUGGGGAUGGGCGGGAUGUGUUCAUGAGUUUGGGUCUGCAAACAGCCCCGGUGCUCUUCUUCUUCCCCCCUUCGACUGGACCCCACGCUGCCGCCUCUUCGGAGCCGGUCCGCUAUGACUUCUCUGGCGGCGCCCAAGCCGCCGACGUCGUCCACAACUGGCUUUCCAAGCAGCUACCCGACCGCCCACACCCGCCUAUCAAGCGCCCGAUCAACUGGAUGCGAUGGAUCUCAACCUUCGUAGUGCUCUCCGGCACACUGACUGCAUGCUCCGUCGCGUGGCCCUAUGUAUUGCCCGUGAUCCAGAGCCGCACAGUUUGGGCUGCCAUUACGCUCAUCUCGAUCCUUCUCUUCACUAGCGGCCACAUGUUCAAUCACAUUCGCAAUGUGCCCUACGUUGCCGGCGAUGGAAAGGGUGGUAUCAGCUACUUUGCCAGCGGUUUUCAGAACCAGUAUGGGCUGGAGACCCAGAUCGUGGCUGCCAUGUAUGGUGUCCUCGCCCUCUCCAGCAUCUCGUUGGCCAUCAAGGUUCCCCGAAUGACCGAUCCCCGAAACCAAGGCAUCGCAUUUGCUGCCUGGUUCGGCGUAUUGUUUGUGGUAUACAGCCUUCUUCUCAGCAUCUUCCGGGGGAAGAACCCCGGUUACACGCUGUCGCUGCCCCCUUUUAUGUGA